CUUCUUCUUCGGCGGCAAUUGACUCAAGCCUCGCCGUUAUUAAGCAGCGCUAAGUUAUCCGACUAUUUAGUCAAUCUUGUUUCGUCGUCUGUCUAGACAUUCCCCGUCCCCUGGUUCAACCCACCCAUCCACCUACCUACUUCAACCGUCAAGACAUGCCUCUUAUCGCGCAGAACCCCACGCCCCGGGUCAUCCUUGGGUUGAUGACCUUUGGACCCAAUGAAUCCCAGGGUGCUCGAAUCACCUCGCUGGACGACUUCAACGCAUGUUUGGAUCAUUUCCAGCAACAGGGGUUCAACGAGGUCGACACGGCGAGAAUCUACAACGGGGGUGAGCAAGAAGCCUUCACUGCUCAAGCAGGAUGGAAGGAACGGGGCCUGACUCUGGCCACGAAGUGGUACCCGAAGACCCCCGGCGGGCAUAAGCCUAACGUCCUCCGCGAGAACCUCGAACUGUCCUUGAAGCAACUCGGGUCAGACCAGGUCGACAUUUUCUAUCUCCAUGCUCCCGAUAGAUCAGUCCCCUUUGCGGAAACCCUGGAGGCUGCCAAUGAACUGCACAAGGAGGGCAAGUUCGUACAGCUCGGGUUGAGUAAUUACACUGCGUUUGAGGUUGCGGAAAUAGUGACUCUCUGCAACGAGCGAGGCUGGGUCCGGCCCACGAUAUACCAGGCUAUGUACAAUGCCAUCACUCGCAACAUCGAAACCGAACUAGUCCACGCCUGCAAGCGCUACGGCAUUGACAUUGUGGUUUACAACCCCCUUGCGGGUGGGAUUCUUUCCGGUAAAUAUAAGACCCAAGAUGUACCGGCGGAGGGCAGGUACAGUGACAAGUCUACAUCCGGAUCUCUGUACCGCAAGCGUUACUUUAAGGAUGCGACUUUUGACGCUCUGCGGAUUGUGGAACCUGUUGCGGAGAAACAUGGAUUGACAUUGCCGGAAACCGCGUUCCGUUGGAUCCGCCAUCACUCUGCCUUGAAUAUGAAGGACAAUGGCCGGGAUGGGAUUGUUGUAGGUGUGAGCAGCUUUGCUCAGCUGGAAAACAACCUCAAGGAUAUCCAGAAAGGUCCGCUACCCGAGGAGGUGGUGGAGGCUCUGGACAAGGCGUGGUUGGUUGCAAAGCCAACCGCGUCUAAUUACUGGCACCUUGAUCUGCAGUAUGCAUACGACACCAAGGAGGUUCUGUUCAAGCCCAAGUCCAAAGCCUAGGUGUGUUACGGGAUUUUGGGGGCGUACUAGAGUAGGAGAGCAACAUCGACAAGAAGUGGGAUAGACAUGAAACAUGGAAUUGAACAUAUACCUUGAC